UUGAAUAAGAGUUUCAAAUUUGGGGAAAUGACACUCUCUAAUUGUUUUAUAUUUUUUACAUUUUGUCAGGAAAUGCAGCUCCGUCUCAGGUUCUGCUGUUGUGCAGUGGUUGCACAGCCUUUCCUCUACAGGGAGCCAGGUUUUCCUGUGUCUACCCUUCUCAAUGGCAAGGCUGUGCUCACUGAGCCUGUACUUUGUCAAGGUUUUUCUAAGGUUUUGAUCAGUAACCGUAGUCAAAUAGUUAGCCACGGUGUACUGUCGAUUUAGGGCCAGAUAGCACUGCAUUUUGCUCUGUGCUUGUGCUUGUGUUUCCCAAUAAGCAAUGUAGUUUUGUUUUCCUGAGAACCUCUCUCUCUCUCUCUCUCUCUUUAUCCCUCUAUCCCUCUCUAACUCUAUCCCUCCAUCUCUAUCCCUCUCUCUCUCUCUCUCACUCUUUCCCCCUCUCUCUAUACCUCUCUAUCCCUCUCUCUCUCUCUUUCUCUCUCACUCUCUAUCCCCCUCUCUCUCUAUACCUCUCUAUCCCUCUCUAACUCUUUCUCGCUCUCUCUCUCACUCUCUUUCCCCCUCUCUCUCUAACUCUCUCUCUCGCUCUCUCUCUCUAUCCCUCUUUAACUCUCUCUCUCUCUAACUCUCUCUAUCCCUCUAACUCUCUCUCUCUAUCCCUCUCUCUCUCUAACUAACCCUCUCUCUCUAUCCCUCUCUCUCUCUAACUAACCCUCUCUCUCUCUAUCCCUCUCUCUCUUGCUAUCCCUCUAUCCCUCUCUCUCUCUCUCGUCUCCUCUUUUUCUCCUUCCCCCUGUACCUUCCUAUAGGAAUGAAGAUGCUAUCAACCAGAUGGCCGUUCCCCCCUUUUCAAACCCUCCUGCUGUCCUCUCCUCCACUGAAACUCAUCCCCCCAAACCAGCAGCAGUAGCAUCCCCGGCCCCCACAGAGAAGUCUCAAACCCCAGAGAGCCUGGCCCUCAGCAGGGGACCCCUGGAGGCCUCCAUCUCCAUCAGCGAGGUGAAGUCCAGUGUUGGGUCCAGUGGGAGCACAGCUACGGAGCUUGUGUCCAGAGAAGCAACACUCAAGAUCCUCCGAGAGACUUCCUCAAAGAAGGCCUCAGAGAACGAGGCUGAGUCUUCAGAGAGUGUGACUGUGCCGGCUGCCAAGGCCCCCUCGGAGCAGACUGCGAGCCUGUCCAAAACCUGUCGGCUCUCCUGUAAGCUGCCUGUGGUGAGCUCUGUGAAAGGGGGGCUGGUGCCCCCACCUGCCUCUUUCCUGCCUUCCUCCUGCACCAGCCCAGACUUUGAGUACUGCAGCAAAGACCCAUCCACGUGCCCUAUCGUUCCAGGCCAGGAGAUAAUCAUAGAGAUCGCCAAGGGUCGCUCUGGCCUGGGUCUCAGCAUCGUAGGGGGAAAAGACACCCAGCUGGAUGCCAUAGUGAUCCAUGAGGUAUAUGAGGAGGGGGCGGCGGCACGCGAUGGACGACUCUGGGCUGGAGAUCAGAUCCUAGAGGUAAAUGGUGUGGACCUGCGUAGCGCGGCCCAUGAGGACGCCAUCACAGCCCUAAGGCAGACCCCGGCCAAGGUGUGUCUUAAGGUUCUACGGGACGAGGCGAGGUACCGCGACCAGGAGAACCUAGAUGUGUUCAGUGUGGAACUGCAGAAAAAGGCUGGCCGUGGCCUGGGCCUCAGUAUCGUCGGCAAGAGGAACGGCACAGGGGUGUUCAUCUCGGACGUGGUGAAAGGGGGCGCCGCCGAGCUGGAUGGCCGGCUGAUGCAGGGGGACCAGAUUAUCUCUGUCAACGGAGAUGACAUGAGGUCUGCCUCGCAGGAGACGGUAGCUGCCAUUCUCAAGUGUGCCAGGGUGGUGGUGCUCCUAGAGCUGGGUCGACUGAAGGCUGCCUCCUGGAUCUCUUCCAGACGUACCUCCCAGGGAAGCCAGCAGAUGAGUCACGUGAGUGCCAACAGUACAAUCGUCACGCCACACCUCCCGCUAAACUCCACCCCUUCCACCUCUCAGCUCCUCAAUAACAUCAGGAAGCCAAUGACGGUGGGCAUGACAUCAUCACAGAGUGCAGCUGCAGAAACAGGGAUACGCACUGUGGAGAUCACAAGGGGUCCUACUGAUGCAUUGGGGAUCAGUAUAGCUGGGGGGAAGGACAGUCCUCUGGGGGAUAUCCCCAUCUUCCUGGCCAUGAUCCAGGCCAACGGGGUCGCAGCCAAGACGCACCGGCUCAAGGUGGGUGAUAGGAUCGUGAGUAUCAACUCCCAGUCUCUGGAAGGCCUGUCCCAUGGGGAUGUAGUCACCAUGCUGAAGAAUGCCUACGGCAGCAUCAUUCUCCAGGUGAUUGCUGACACCAACAUCAGUGCUAUAGCCAGUCAGGUGGAGAGUAUGUCGACUAGCAGCAGCCCCGAGACACAACCAGGGGAACCAGAAGCCCCCAAACCCAAGAGUAUCUGCCUGGAGAAGGGUUCUGACGGCCUGGGCUUCAGCAUCGUAGGAGGCUUCGGAAGCCCUCAUGGAGACCUGCCAAUCUACAUCAAGACUGUCUUCAGCAAGGGGGCAGCAGCGGUGGACGGGCGUCUGAAGAGGGGUGACCAGAUCUUGUCUGUGAACGGAGAGAGUCUGGAAGGGACCACACACGAGCUGGCUGUGGCCAUACUGAAGAGACAGAAAGGGGCCGUCACCCUGGAUGUGCUGUCCUAGCUCACACACACUCUACCCCUUGAACUGGUUUGAACUUCCCAACAUGUUGAGAGGAGUUGACCAACAACUGAUGCCCGUCUUCAGCCCGUUAACAUGAAGGGGACAUUGGUUCUGGAAGGAUUCAGUCAAUAGUUAACACAGGUGGUUGAACUAUGGGAAAUAAGAGGACUGUAUAUGGGGGGUUGCAGGAAGUAGGGACACCUCAUUUCCUGUGUGCCAUCUUAGGAGCUUCCCUGUGAGGGCGUUUCAACCGCUGUACUGACUGUAUACACGACUCAAAAUGGUGAACGUUUGGAUAUUAUGAAGCGAGGAAGCAAAGUGGGAAGCUUUAUAUGUGAACGAUGUGAAUAUGAGAUCUCUUUGUGUCAUUUCAACUUUGUGUGAUCACACAUCAUGGAACACUGAUAGAGCAAUAUGAAUGGUUCAGUUGGUUAAGGAGGUCUCUUCACCGUUAGCCUAGUGUUAGCUUAGCAUCUCCCUUAUGGGGAGACACUGGUUAGCCGUUAGCGAUGUUAGCUGCAGGUACUGCUAUUGUGCAAACUGUGAGGAGGAAUGGUCUCGGCAGGACGCACUAAACUGGAACAAAUACUACACACACACACACAAACACAUGCACAAUAGGCUAGUUAGUCACUGUCAGGUUGACACAUUCUCAUUCAUCACAGACACUUGUCCAUUUGUCUCAUAUCAUGUCAUACUUGUUGCAAACAGACAAUUUAAACUCCUAGUGACUGGCUCUUACACAAUACUACUCAGUUCAACAGUGAUUAGGCUAGACAUGGCCAAAGGAAGAAGAAAUGCAUUCUAUAGUAACUGGUAAACAGCCGUGCACUUCUAAUACACUUCAUAGCAUGCUCGUAAGAAUGACAUAACUCCCUCUGUAGACAUUCAAAGGCAGUUAUAAAGGCCACCCAACUACCGGCUGGUGUCACUAUACAGUACCUUGUGUAGACCUGCAAGAAGUUGCUGUAGGAAGCUUCUUUAUACAUUUUUUGACCACUUUUUCUUCCCAAUUUCGUGGUAUCCAAUUUGUAGUUACAGUCUUGUCUCAUCGCUGCAACUCCCGUACAGACUCGGGAGAGGCGAAGGUCGAGAGCCAUGCGUCCUCCGAAACACAACCAAGCCGCACUGCUUCUUGACACAAUGCCCACUUAACCCGGAAGCCAGCCGCACCAAUGUGUCGGAGGAAACACCGUACACCUGGCGACCGUGUCUGCGUGCACUGCACCCGGCCCGCCACAGGAGUAGUCGCUAGGUCGGGAUUUUUAUUUUUUAUUUAUUUCACCUUUAUUUAACCAGGUAGGCAAAUUGAGAACACGUUCUCAUUUACAAUUGCGACCUGGCCAAAAUAAAGCAAAGCAGUUCGACACAUACAACAACACAUAGUUACACAUGGAGUAAAACAAACAUACAGUCAAUAAUACAGUGAAAAAUAAGUCUAUAUACAAUAUGAGCAAGUGAGGUGCGAUAAGGGAGGUGAAGGCAAACAAAAUAUAUAUAUAAAUAAAUAAAAAUAUAAAAAGGCCAUGGUGGCGAAGUAAAUACAAUAUAGCAAGUAAAAAAAAAGUAAAAAAAGUAGAGAUAGUAGAGAUAGAAAAAAGUAGAGAUAGAAAUAAUGGGGUGCAAAGGAGCAAAAUAAAUAAAUAAAUAAAUACAGUAGGUAAAGAGGUAGUUGUUUGGGCUAAAUUAUAGAUGGGCUAUGUACAGGUGCAGUAAUCUAUGAGCUGCUCUGACAGCUGGUGCUUAAAGCUAGUGAGGGAGAUAAGUGUUUCCAGUUUCAGAGAUUUUUGUAGUUCGUUCCAGUCAUUGGCAGCAGAGAACUGGAAGGAGAGGCGGCCAAAGGAAGAAUUGGUUUUGGGGGUGACCAGAGAGAUAUACCUGCUAGAGCGCGUGCUACAGGUAGGUGCUGCUAUGGUGACCAGCGAGCUGAGAUAAGGGGGGUACCUAGCAGGGUCUUGUAGAUGACCUGGAGCCAGUGGGUUUGACGACGAGUAUGAAGCGAGGGCCAGCCAACGAGAGUGUACAGGUCGCAGUGGUGGGUAGUAUAUGGGGCUUUGGUGACAAAACGGAUGGCACUGUGAUAGACUGCAUCCAAUUUAUUGAGUAGGGUUUUGGAGGCUAUUUUGUAAAUGACAUCACCGAAGUCGAGGAUUGGUAGGAUGGUCAGUUUUACAAGGGUAUGUUUGGCAGCAUGAGUGAAGGAUGCUUUGUUGCGGAAUAGGAAGCCAAUUCUAGAUUUAACUUUGGAUUGGAGAUGUUUGAUGUGAGUCUGGAAGGAGAGUUUACAGUCUAACCAGACACCUAGGUAUUUGUAGUUGUCCACAUAUUCUAAGUCAGAGCCGUCCAGAGUAGUGAUGUUGGACAGGCGGGCAGGUGCAGGCAGCGAUCGGUUGAAGAGCAUGCAUUUAGUUUUACUUGUAUUUAAGAGCAAAUGGAGGCCACGGAAGGAGAGUUGUAUGGCAUUGAAGCUCGCCUGGAGGGUUGUUAACACAGUGUCAAAAGAAGGGCCAGAAGUAUACAGAAUAGCGUCGUCUGCGUAGAGAUGGAUCAGAGAAUCACCAGCAGCAAGAGCGACAUCAUUGAUGUAUACAGAGAAGAGAGUCGGUCCAAGAAUUGAACCCUGUGGCACCCCCAUAGAGACUGCCAGAGGCCCGGACAACAGACCCUCCGAUUUGACACACUGAACUUGAUCAGAGAAGUAGUUGGUGAACCAGGCGAGGAAAUCAUUAGAGAAACCAAGGCUGUCGAGACUGCCGAUGAGGAUGUGGUGAUUGACAGAGUCAAAAGCCUUGGCCAGGUCAAUGAAUACGGCUGCACAGUAUUGUUUCCUAUCGAUGGCGGUUAAGAUAUCGUUUAUGACCUUGAGCGUGGCUGAGGUGCACCCAUGGCCAGCUCUGAAACCAGAUUGCAUAGUGGAGAAGGUAUGGUGGGAUUCGAAAUGGUCGGUAAUCUGUUUGUUGACUUGGCUUUCGAAGACCUUAGAAAGGCAGGGUAGGAUAGAUAUAGGUCUGUAGCUGUUAGGGUCAAGAGUGUCCCCCCCUUUGAAGAGGGGGAUAACCGCAGCUGCUUUCCAAUCUUUGGGAAUCUCAGACGACACGAAAGAGAGGUUGAAAAGGCUAGUAAUAGGGGUGGCAACAAUUUCAGCAGAUAGUUUUAGAAAGAAAGGGUCCAGAUUAUCUAGCCCGGCUGAUUUGUAAGGGUCCAGAUUUUGCAGCUCUUUCAGAACAUCAGCUGACUGUAUUUGGGAGAAAGAGAAAUGGGGAAGGCUUGGGCGAGUAGCAGAGGGGAGGGCAGUGCUGUUGACCGGGGUAGGGGCAGCCAGGUGGAAAGCAUGGCCAGCCGUAGAAAAAUGCUUAUUGAAAUUCUCAAUUAUAGUGGAUUUGUCGGUGGUGACAGUGUUUCCUAUCUUCAGUGCAGUUGGAAGCUGGGAGGAGGUGUUCUUAUUCUCCAUGGACUUUACAGUGUCCCAGAACUUUUUUGAAUUUGUGUUGCAGGAAGCAAAUUUCUGCUUGAAAAAGCUAGCCUUGGCUUUUCUAACUGCCUGUGUAUAUUGGUUUCUAGCUUCCCUGAAAAAUUGCAUAUCACGGGGGCUGUUCGAUGCUAAUGCAGAACGCCAUAGGAUGUUUUUCUGUUGGUUAAGGGCAGUCAGGUCAGGAGAGAACCAAGGGCUAUAUCUGUUCCUGGUUCUAAAUUUCUUGAAUGGGGCAUGCUUAUUCAAGAUGGUGAGGAAGGCAUUUUUAAAAAAUAUCCAGGCAUCCUCUACUGACGGGAUGAGAUCAAUAUUCUUCCAGGAUACAUCGGCCAGGUCGAUCAGAAAGGCCUGCUCGCUGAAGUGUUUCAGGGAGCGUUUGAUAGUGAUGAGUGGAGGUCGUUUGACCGCUGACCCAUUACGGAUGCAGGCAAUGAGGCAGUGAUCGCUGAGAUCUUGGUUGAAAACAGCAGAGGUGUAUUUGGAGGGCAAGUUGGUUAGGAUGAUAUCUAUGAGGGUGCCCGUGUUUACGGAAUUGGGGUGGUACCUGGUAGGUUCAUUGAUAAUUUGUGUGAGAUUGAGGGCAUCAAGCUUAGAUUGUAGGAUGGCUGGGGUGUUAAGCACGUUCCAAUUUAGGUCGCCUAGCAGCACGAGCUCUGAAGAUAGAUGGGGGGCAAUCAGUUCACAUAUGGUGUCCAGAGCACAGCUGGGGGCAGAGGGUGGUCUAUAGCAGGCGGCAACGGUGAGAGACUUGUUUUUAGAGAGGUGGAUUUUUUAAAGUAGAAGUUCAAAUUGUUUGGGAACAGACCUGGAUAGUAAAACAGAACUCUGCAGGCAAUCUUUGCAGUAGAUUGCAACACCGCCCCCUUUGGCCGUUCUAUCUUGUCUGAAAAUCUUGUAGUUGGGGAUGAAAAUGUCAGAAUUUUUGGUGGUCUUUCUAAGCCAGGAUUCAGACACGGCUAAUACAUCCGGGUUGGCAGAGUGAGCUAAAGCAGUGAACAAAACAAACUUAGGGAGGAGGCUUCUAAUGUUAACAUGCAUGAAACCAAGGCUAUUACGGUUACAGAAGUCAUCAAAAGAGAGCGCCUGGGGAAUAGGAGUGGAGCUAGGUACUGCAGGGCCUGGAUUCACCUCUACAUCACCAGAGGAACAGAGGAGGAGUAGGAUAAGGGUACGGCUAAAAGCUAUGAGAAUUGGUCGUCUAGAGCAUCUAGAACAGAGAGUAAAAGGACGUUUCUGGGGGCGAUAAAAUAGCUUCAAGGAAUAAUGUACAGACAAAGGUAUGGUAGGAUGUGAAUACAGUGGAGGUAAACCUAGGUAAUGGGUGAUGAUGAGAGAGAUAUUGGGACGGGAUGGGAUGGGACAAGGACAUCCCUGCCGACCAAACCCUCCCCUAACCCGUACGACGCUGGGCCAAUUGUGUGCCGCCCCAUGUGUCUCACGGUCGCGGCCGGCAGCGACAGAGCCUGGGCUCGAACCCAGAAUCUCUAGUGGCACAGCUAGCACUGCGUGGCAGUGCCUCAGAUAACUGCGUGGCCUCAGACCGUACAUGUCUUAACUAGUCUACUCCCAGAUUUUGGUUCUACUCCCAUGGUCAUUGUCACGCCAAACCAGACAGCACAAACAGGUCUGGAACCUUACUGAUAGAAGGAGGAUGGGAUAUUUUGAUAUGAUAUUGUGAAAUGCUAUGAUAUUAUGCUAUUGUGAUAUGAUGCUAUGAUAUUGUGAUAUGCUAUGAUAUUGUGAUAUGCUAUUAUGCUAUCAUAUUGUGAUAUGCUAUUAUGAAAUUAUGCUAUUUCUGCUUUGAGUAGGAUUCACUUCCUUCCUUCCUAAUCCUUCACAGACUAUAAUUUUAAUUUGUUAGACAUUUAGUGGACUGGAAACGUUUCAACCAGGUGCUAAUACAUGUAGUUUGACCUGCCUUUAUGUUAUGUGGAUGGUACUACCUGUAUGUUACAGUAAGCUUAUUCUUUAGCUUUUCACAGUAAAACAAUUGAUUAUUUUUACAUCAUUUUUGGUAACUAUGAGAAUCAACAAUGAUCCAUUAUUUCUUGUUAUGAGACAUGUUAAUCAUCAUAUAGCAGGGCCGUAUUCAUUAGGCACCAAAUGGAAGAAAAUGGUCUGAAACAGGAAGGGACAAACUGAACUUGUCCAGUAAGAUACGCUUGUUUUCGUUUUUGCGAAGAAAAACAUUUUGCUACUGUGUGCAUUAAUGAAUACGACCCAUGUGUGUCUGUGGCUUUACACUGUCCUGUCCAGUGGUGAGAAGCUUGCCACGUCCAACAAUGACAGGAUAUCCUGUUUCACUCUGAGCCCUUUGUCUGUCUCCCAUAAACCCCUCCACACUCACAGGAAGUGACAACGUGUUCCUCCAAAACACUUUGAGACCCCCCAGGGGUCAUGUUCUUUAGACACCAAACUAGGAAAAAUGGUCUGAAACAAGGAGGAACAACCUGAACUGAAUGAAAAAACAUUUUGCUACGCCGUGCUCUAAUGAAUACGACCCUGGUCGACACUGUAUAUUAACCCUGCAUAUUAACUCUCAAACCAUGCCCGUCUCAGUUAAUGGGUGACAGGUAGCCUAGUGGUUAGAGCAUUGGACUAGUAACUGAAAGGUUGCAAGAUCAAAUCCCCGAGCUGACAAGGUACAAAUCUGUCAUUCUGCCCCUGAACAAGGCAGUUAACCCACUGUUCCUAGGCUGUCAUUAUAAAUAAGAAUUUGUUCUUAACUGACUUGCCUAGUUAAAUAAAAAUAAAAUUAAAAAGUGCAAUCUGGUGGCAAUAUCUAAUUGUAGGCUGUGUCUUAAAUGUGUGCCCUGAAUACUCAGAAGUGGUCCUAGGAUUUAGAGGAAGUGUACUACUAGUGCCAUGUGAUACCUUUUAAGGGAACUACUGCUGUGCCAUGAGUCUCUGAUGUGCUAGAGUAGACAGUGGGUAUUUAUCAUAUGUCGGUCUUAGUUCUGUGAGAGCCUAGCGCUGUCAAGUCUUAAUGCUCAAUCCCUUUAAAUGCACACAUCCGGCCACUCACUGCUCUCCCUCUCUCCCCCUCCCUCUCCUCCUGUGAGGAGGCUGUGUGUGUGUGUAUUGUACUGCUGAUGAUCCUGUAACUCCCAAUAUUUCCGUCUUAUGAUGCCACCGAUGAACUGACUGCUUGACCUUAAUGCCACAGAAAACAUCUUAAUUCACCUCAUUGAUCGUUCCACAUUUUGCAUUUUCAAAUCCAAAGAAACGAUCCACCUUUCAUAUGUCCACAUGUGACAAGCUAUGCUGUAAAAACGUGUUUAAACACUACAUACAGUGCAUUCAGAAAGUAUUCAGGCCCCUUGACCUUUUUCCACAUUUUGUUACGUUACAGCCUUAUUCUAAAAUGUAUUAAAUAUUUUUUUUCCUCAUCAAUCUACACACACAAACGUUUAUUUUAUUUAUUUAAUCCAUUAUAGAAUAAGGCUGUAACGUAACAAAAUGUAGAAAAGGUCUGUCUCUGUUCUCUUUUCACGUCUCAUCCCUCUAUGUAUUUAUUAUUUAUCAUCACUAUUUUUUUUAUACUUUCCGAAAGCACUGUAUAUCUAUAGAAGAAUUUGUGUGAAAAAUAUAUUGUCUAUGAUCACAAUUGCAAGUCGUAUCUAAAUGUGUGUACUGAGUGUGUUCCUACAUUGAUGCUCUUUAUGAAUUCUGAUUAAUUGUUUGAUGAUGAUGUUUUAUUAAAUACAAGAGGACCACAACCAUUUCCACCAUGUCCUCCCUCUGAUCUUCAAGUGUGGCUGUUCAGUCCUUAAAAUGAAUGUAUUUUAAUAAGAA